GGAGUGAGGGGCACCAUGCACCCCGCUCCCGGGGCCCUGAGGGGCGGUCCGGGGGCGCCUCUGGAGCCGAGGCCGGGAGCUGAUCUCCCCGCUACCUCCGCUUUGCUCCUGGGAGGCCGCGGGGCCUUGGGAGCCGGAGCAGUCUGCGAAGCCCGCGAAGCCCGGCCGGGUGAGGCGGGGCGGUGGGCGGAGGGGGGAUCAGGUUACAGGGCCGGCCUGGCUGGCUCUGCGGCUGCGGGCCGGGCUCAGCUGGGCGCCUCCAGCAGCAGCAGCAGUGCCGGGAAGAGCCUGCCGCCGGCGGCGGCCGCAGCGUCAACAACAACGGCCAUGGAUUCCCAGUCCCUGGACAGUUGUAUCCAGAGUACGCUCUCGGCACUCUACCCUCCAUUCGAGGUCACAGCAGCCACGGUUCUGUGCCAGGUCUUUGAUGUGGUGGAGAAGACAUACCGUGGGGACGGCCUGCACUACCUCAUCGACUUUCUGAUUCCAGCCAAGCACAUCUUGCAGUGCGUUCAGCAGGAUGCCUGUGUCCAGUAUUGUGGAUUGCUGUUCCGGCAUGAGGGCUGGCCCCUCUGCAUCCAUGAGAAGAUUGUAGUUCAACUUGGCUCCUUCGACUGGCGAAUCUUGAGACCAGGAGACUUUUACCUGCAGGUGGUCCCUUACUUGAAAAAGUCCCCACGAAUCAUUGUGAAAUGUUUGGCCGAGGACAAGCAUAAUGUUGAUGAGCUUGUGGUUCCUGAAGUCUCCUACACUUCCAUUUUCACUGUGGAAUGGCUGAAUGGCAUCAACAGGGAGCGGAUGGGAAUGGCACUGGAAAACUGUUUACUAGGCACAGAAGAUAAAAUAUUCCGGGUGCCCUGGGACAGAAUAGUCAAUCCAGAAUUUAUUGAAAGCCCCCCCAAAAUGAACGGUGGCCUAAGUUCUGUUCCAGUGACUGAACAGCCUUCAGAUUUGGUCUUUUCAGAGGUGCCGUCUCAAAGCAGCUCCCUUGAAGUGGAGUCCCAACUUUUUAAUGGGCCAAGUUUACCUGAAGACAGCCUCUUCAUGACCAAUACAACAGAGCAACUUGUGAGGGCAGCUGCCAGCAUGGAGUGUGUGAGCCCAGGCCUUGGAGAAGACUCUAUAAGUGACCUGGAAGGGGAAUAUGUGGAGCUCACAGAUGUUUCACUGCCUAAAUUUGGACCUCAAUCAGUCUCCCUCAGUUACUGCACUAAGCCGAGGAUGAGAGUAAAGGACAAGCCUGCAGCCAGUCAGGACAGCAGCACUAGCCUGAGGAAUGGAGUUGGUUUAGCAGUCGAAUUAAUGCCACAUGGGCAUCUGGACACAGCAAAGCCCUCUGAUACCCAGAACAGUAAUGCUAGGAAUCUUUUGGAGGAUGCUCAUGAACUAGAAAGUGACAAAUUGCUAUUGGAAAAUUAUGAAGGGCCUGCUGCUGGCUCUGAUGCCAAGGAGCCUUCUGAUGUAAAGGGACAGGCCCAGCCAGAACAUGAGCUUGACUGGAGGUACGCAAUGUGCAGCUACCAUGAUGGAGAAGAUGCUGAAUGUAGGUCUCUGACAGCUGUGGCUUCUGAAAUAACAGAGACAGCUCAGAGGAGUAGCACAGAGCUGGAAAAUGACAGCAGGGUCUCUGAGCAUGGCUAUUGCUCUAGUGUGCUAGGACUCUGA